AUGGGCUGCGUCUCCAAGCCGUCCCUGGCGAUAGUGACGCAGUGGUGCGAGGGCUCCUCCCUGUACCAGCACCUGCACGUGCUCGAGACGCCCUUCCCGAUGCUGUACCUCAUCGACGUCGCGCGGCAGACCGCCCAGGGGAUGGACUAUUUGCACGCCAAGAACAUUAUACACAGGGACCUAAAGUCGAACAACAUUUUCUUGCGGGACGACUGGUCUGUCAAAAUAGGAGACUUCGGUUUGGCGACCGCCAAAGUACGAUGGUCGGACACGUCUGUGGCGGGCGGCGUGCAGUGGCAGCAGCCGACGGGGUCCAUCCUGUGGAUGGCGCCGGAGGUGAUCCGUAUGGACGAGCCCGCGCCCUACACCUACCGGUCCGACGUGUACGCGUACGGGAUAGUGCUGUACGAGCUGAUGGCCGGCGAGCUGCCCUACACCCACCUCAACAACAAGGACCAGGUGAUGUAUAUAUAUAUACCCUACACCUACCGGUCCGACGUGUACGCGUACGGGAUAGUGCUGUACGAGCUGAUGGCCGGCGAGCUGCCCUACACCCACCUCAACAACAAGGACCAGGUGAUGUAUAUAUAUAUAUAUAUAUAUACCCUAAACCUACCGGUCCGACGUGUACGCGUACGGGAUAGUGCUGUACGAGCUGAUGGCCGGCGAGCUGCCCUACACCCACCUCAACAACAAGGACCAGGUGAUGUAUAUAUAUAUAUAUAUAUAUACCCUAAACCUACCGGUCCGACGUGUACGCGUACGGGAUAG